ACCGCCUCCCCGGAUCCCGCCCGCCGGGGUAAGGGGGAGGGACGCCGGGCCCGGCCGCUCCGCUGCUCCGGCCGCACGUCCCGCGUCCGUCACCCGUCUGUCCGCCCGUCUAUCCGUCCGUCCGCCCGCAGGCUUCGUCGUGCGAAGCCCGGUGCAGGUCCGGGUCUGCGGAGUCGCCCAGGGGAAUGGUCUGCGGGCCGCGUCCGCGGGGACAGGAAGUGGGGCGCGCGGGCCCCAUGCGCGGGCCGGCGUGCGGGCGCGGCUGCGGCGGGCGCGCGGCGGGGCCCGGGGAGGCGGGCCGCUGAGCGCCGCGCGGCCCCGAGUAUGCGGGAGCCCGAGCAGCGCUGGCGUGGAUGCCCCUUUCUCUUGGCCUUUUGGAGACUCAGUUGCUUUUUGAUGGCUGCAGCGGCUGCGGGGUGAGCAGCUGGAGACUGGACAGCGUUUGCCCCCCCAGCAAAGGGUCGCUUUCCCCCCGCGUCACCAUCGCUGGAUUGGUGGGGGGCUUUUCCUUCUUGGCCCCUCCACUGUCGAAGGGAGAAGAUGCCACUGCCAUUUGGAUUGAAAUUGAAACGCACCCGGCGCUACACGGUGUCCAGCAAGAGCUGCCUGGUGGCGCGGAUCCAGCUGCUCAAUAACGAGUUCGUGGAGUUCACCCUGUCUGUGGAGAGCACGGGCCAGGAGAGCCUGGAAGCUGUGGCCCAAAGACUGGAGCUGAGGGAGGUCACUUACUUCAGCCUCUGGUAUUACAACAAACAGAACCAGCGCCGGUGGGUUGAUUUGGAAAAACCUUUGAAGAAGCAGCUGGACAAACAUGCACUGGAGCCCACUGUCUACUUCGGGGUGGUGUUCUAUGUGCCUUCCGUUUCUCAGCUGCAGCAGGAGAUUACCAGAUAUCAGUAUUACUUGCAGCUGAAGAAAGAUAUCUUGGAAGGAAACAUUCCUUGUACCUUAGAACAAGCAAUUCAGCUAGCAGGCUUAGCAGUGCAAGCUGAUUUUGGUGACUUCUACCAGUAUGAAUCCCAAGACUUUCUUCAGAAAUUUGCCUUGCUUCCUGUGGAGUGGUUACAAGACGAAAAAGUAUUGGAAGAAGCAACCCAAAAAGUGGCCUUACUACAUCAAAAAUACAGAGGGCUCACAGCUCCUGAUGCUGAAAUGCUGUACAUGCAGGAGGUGGAGAGAAUGGAUGGCUAUGGAGAAGAGAGCUACCCUGCCAAGGAUAGCCAAGGAAGUGACAUAUCCAUUGGAGCAUGUCUUGAAGGUAUCUUUGUGAAACACAAGAAUGGAAGGCCUCCUGUUAUAUUUAGGUGGCAUGACAUUGCUAACAUGUCCCACAACAAGUCCUUUUUUGCAUUAGAGCUGGCAAAUAAAGAGGAGACCAUCCAAUUUCAAACUGAAGACAUGGAAACAGCAAAAUACGUGUGGAGGCUCUGUGUUGCACGGCAUAAGUUUUACAGGCUAAACCAGUGCACCCUGCAAACUCAGACUGUCACUGUGAACCCACUCAGGAGAAGGUCAUCUUCAAGGAUGUCUCUGCCGAAGCCCCAGCCCUAUGUGAUGACUCCUCCACCCCAGCUGCAUUAUAACGGACAUUACACAGAGCCAUAUGCUUCUUCCCAAGAUAACCUCUUUGUGCCCAACCAGAAUGGAUGCUAUUGUCACUCCCAGACAAGUUUGGACAGAGCCCAGAUUGACCUCAGUGGUCGGAUCCGCAGUGGCAGUGUCUACAGUACACAAAGUACCAGCUCCUUGAAUAACCCUCCGCCGUACCUGCAGCCCUCCCCGAUGUCCUCAAACCCAAGCAUUACUGGCAGUGAUGUCACGAGACCCGACUAUAUCCCGUCCCAUCGGCACAGUGCCCUGAUACCCCCGUCUUACCGCCCAACCCCAGACUACGAGACUGUGAUGAAGCAGCUCAACAGAGGCAUGGCACAUGCGGAAAGGCACAGUCACUCGCUGCGCAACCUCAAUAUUGGCAACUCCUACGCCUACAGCAGGCCGGAUGCCCUGGUCUACAGCCAGCCCGAAAUUCGGGAGCAUGCACAUUUUACCUCUCCUCAGUCGGCCCACUACCCGUUCAACCUGAACUACAGUUUCCACAGCCAGUCCCCCUACCCCUACCCUGCCGAGAGGCGGCCGGUGGUGGGCGCAGUCAGUGUGCCCGAGCUGACCAAUGUGCAGCUCCAAGCCCAGGACUACCCAGCUCCAAACAUCAUGAAGACUCAGGUGUACCGCCCGCCCCCACCCUACCCAUACCCAAGGCCUGCCAACAGCACCCCAGAUCUGUCCCGCCACCUGUACAGCAGCAGCAGCAACCCGGAUCUCAUCACCAGGCGAGUCCACCAUUCCGUACAGACUUUCCAGGAGGACAGCUUGCCCGUGGCCCAUUCUCUGCAGGAGGUCAGUGAGCCUCUCACCGCGGCCCGGCAUGCUCAGUUGCAGAAGAGGAACAGCAUUGAGAUUGCAGGGAUCACCCAUGGCUUUGAAGGCCUGCGGCUCAAGGAAAGGACCAUGUCGGCCUCUGCAGCAGAUGUGGCCCCACGGUCUCUCUUAGCAGGCUCCCAGCCUAGUGUCUUCUCCGACAGAACAAAGCAAGAGGAUCCUGAAGAGCAGGAAAGCGAGAGCUAUGGCCACAAGAAGUCUCUUUCGGAUGCCACCAUGCUGAUACACAGCAGUGAAGAGGACGAGGACUUUGAAGAGGACAAUGGAUCACAGGCUCUGCCUGCCCGGCCUGAGCCCCAGCGGCCAGCCACCUACUCCCAGGAGCCACAGCUGACCUACCCCUGUGCUUCUGUCACCGCAGUCACUGGCCCUCUGCAUAUUCUUGAGCCCAAGUCCCAUGUCACAGAGACUGAGAAGAGGGCAAGGGACAUCAACCCCGUGCACCUGGUUGUGGAAGCCCAGAGGUCCCGAAGAGAUGGGCUGCUGACACCCUCCAUGUCAGAGUCGGACCUCACAACAUCAGGGAGGUACCGGGCCAGGCGGGACUCUCUGAAGAAAAGGCCAGUGUCGGAUCUCCUCUCUGGGAAGAAGAACAUUGUGGAAGGACUUCCGCCACUAGGGGGAAUGAAAAAGUCACGAGUAGAUGCAAAAAAGAUUGGUCCCCUUAAGUUGGCUGCUCUCAAUGGACUCUCUCUGUCUCGAUUGCCUAUGCCUGAUGAAGGAAAGGAAGUGUCCAGCAGAGCAACAAACGAUGAAAGGUGUAAAAUCUUGGAACAGCGGUUAGAACAGGGAAUGGUAUUCACAGAAUAUGAAAGAAUUCUCAAAAAGCGGCUAGUUGAUGGGGAGUGCUCGACCGCCCGACUCCCUGAAAAUGCAGAAAGAAAUCGAUUCCAAGAUGUCCUUCCCUAUGACGAUGCAAGAGUGGAGUUGGUCCCAACCAAGGAGAACAAUACUGGCUACAUCAAUGCUUCGCAUAUUAAGGUCUCCGUCAGUGGAAUUGAAUGGGAUUAUAUUGCCACACAGGGGCCAUUACAGAAUACCUGUCAGGAUUUUUGGCAGAUGGUGUGGGAGCAGGGAAUUGCGAUUAUAGCAAUGGUGACAGCAGAAGAGGAGGGCGGAAGGGAGAAGAGCUUUAGGUAUUGGCCACGACUUGGUUCGAGGCACAACACGGUCACCUAUGGAAGGUUUAAGAUCACAACCCGCUUCCGCACAGACUCUGGCUGCUAUGCCACCACAGGCUUGAAGAUGAAGCACCUUCUCACGGGGCAGGAGAGGACAGUGUGGCAUCUCCAGUACACAGACUGGCCUGAGCAUGGCUGUCCUGAAGAUCUCAAGGGAUUUUUAUCAUACCUUGAAGAGAUCCAGUCUGUUCGACGCCAUACAAAUAGUACAAGUGAACCAAAGAGCCCCAACCCUCCGCUGCUGGUGCACUGCAGUGCUGGAGUGGGAAGAACUGGUGUUGUCAUUUUGUCAGAGGUCAUGAUUGCCUGUCUGGAGCACAAUGAGGUGCUGGACAUCCCGAGAGCGCUGGACAUGCUGAGGCAACAGAGGAUGAUGAUGGUGCAGACCCUCUGCCAGUACACGUUUGUGUACAGAGUUCUCAUUCAGUUCCUGAAGAGCUCCAGGCUCAUCUGAGCUUCCACCUUCUUACUCAUGAGGCGCUGACAGCUGACAGAAGUGCUUGCCUGCCUCACGCUUCCUGUUCAACAUGUGAUCCACUGCGACCCACCCGGACAGGAAUGGCAGUGUCAACAGCGGCGCACUGAAGGAAACACACAAAGCGCGAGGCUGGGGAGGGGUCAGGGGACCUGGGGAAGGUGCUGGAGGACUUGGCUUUGAGGGCGUUGCCCUGCCCCCAUCUGUCUGAUUUGCACACAUUUUGGAGAUUGUACUUCCUAGGCAAUUCUCUAUUUUACUGAAGCUAUGCUGGGCAACUCUAGCCAUUGUUUAAGCGCAUAGGCUUCUGUCUUAAGCUAGUUUUUGAUAACGGAGUUUUAUUUUAUGACUAAAAUAUUUAGGGGUUUUCUUAGGUAGAAACUGUACUUUCUGUGAGGAUGAUCCAUGGAUUAAAUGGUUCUUAUAUAACUUUGUAAUUUAAAACCAUAUUAUUAUCUUUUGUUACUUAAAAAAACCUUGGGUACUUAAUGGUCUAUUCUUAAUGGUCUAUUUACUGUGAGGAGAAUCUAAAAGUGUUAUUUUGAAACAUAGAAAGCAUUUUUAUAUUCAGAAAAAUUUUUUAUCCUAAAAAUUCUAUAUAUUUGUACCUUCUAUUUUUUCUGAACAAGAGCGCAACUUGCUACGGCAUUGAAUGAAAUGAGUCAGUUAAUGUAAACGAAAGUUAGGAAUGAAGGCACGUUAUUUAAAAUGUAAGAGAAUCAGAUUUUUUCAGUAUUAUUCAUAAAUCUAAAUGAGUUUGAUUUUAUUGGUUGAAAAUGAAGUGAAAAAAUUGCAUUGUAUGGCUUUAAGCACUUUUAAAAAGACAUAAUCCGAGUUUUAAUGUAUGUGUUUGUUUUAUAUUUGAAACAAUAAUGGUGGAUAUUGUUUCAGAGUAUUUCGAAGAGAAGGGUUAAGAGUAUGUACAAUGACUAGGACAAGAGUAAGUGGCUUGUGAUGGUAGAUGCUGGAUGUCUUGGUCUUUAAAAAAGAUGCAGUAUUAUCUAUGCUCAGACUGAGAGGCUAGGAUGGAGAGCAGGGGCUGGGAGCAUGGGGGCUAACCCGACACGGCUGUCACUGGGGAAUUCAAGGCCUGUCAUCGCCAGUGACAUACUCUGUUUCUUUGGAGUUCUUCCACCUAAAUCUGUAUUUUUUUUCCCCACACAUUUGGGUUUAUAUCAUGAAAAGAAGUCCUCCAGAGGCUCUACCUUCUUUAGGUUGAAUGAAGAGAAUAGUUAAUACUAGUUUCUCCUUCUCUUCCAAAGCCCCAGCCCAAACUCAUGGGGCCACCAGAAAUUGCUGCAGUAUUCAGGAGGUACUUGAACAUUAGCUCCUUAAUCCCCUAAUUUACCUCCAGGAUCAGCCUAGGUACUUAGUUCCCCUCCUCCAUUUCAUGUAGGCCAUCCCACUGGGCAGAGGCAGGAUGAGUUUGGCUGAAGAACCAUCUCCUUUUCCCCUCUGAGGCUGUUUCCUCACAAUGAAGAACUUCCACAAUGUCAAAUCUAGGGUUAUUUGACCCACUUACAGUGUUGUAGGCAUUGUUCUGAUUCCCACGUAACUCGAAAAGCAGUUUAGCUCACCUCUGAGCGCUAGAUACCAUCCUCCACGACACAGGGCCCUGCAGUGUGCGCCAGCCUGACUUCAAUUUACCCAGAAGCCAUUCAUCUGAGGGACAGUUCAGAAAAGGAACAAUAUAGUAAUUUGAGAUCUAAAAUUGUUUUAAAAGUUCUGUUUAAUAGACCCAAGUGAAAAUAUUUGGAAAGAGAGCCCCAUAAGAACGGAGUAGGGGAUUUUUUAUGGCAUUAUUUCCCAUCUCCAAACCAUAUAAAGGACAGGAAAUUUUCUGAAGCUUUUUUUCCCCCCAAUGGUACGUUUUUUGGUUUUGUUUUUUAAAAAAUGGUUAUUCUAUCAGGCUUAAACAUUUUGACGUGUCCCACUGACAAGAAUAUAUUGUAAAACAAAAGUCUAAUUAAAGAAUAAUAUAUGUUACAUUUCUGUUUCUGUUGUAAUAAUUUGAUAAGUAAAUUUCUUAAAAGGGUAAACUUAACAAUUUAAAUCUGUCACUCUUAAGAAGUCCCAUGUUUGACAUCACUUCUCAGAGCCAUGUCAUUU